CAAGCAGCACACACAUGAUUUUACGGCUGGAGCUCGUAGCCGAGCGGGUCGAAGGGUUACCUCCGAAUGCAACUUUGCACCCUGCAUAUUGACACGGAGGAUUAUCUGCAAGGACAUCCCAGCUUUCGCAUUUUGGGAUUACAGACCAAACGGAUCCUUAAAGCGCUACAGCUGUCAAACAAAACGGAUGUCAGUGUGGUGGUUAGAGAUGGGAGAGGGUUUGGGGCCUCUCUCCCCUGUAGGAUGGUAGCCGACGGCACAGUGGAAGGCCAUGACAAGACCCGCUUGUCUAGCUUGUCAUCAUCAUCAUCCUCAGCCUUGUCUUCUUCCUCCACCUCAUCGUCACUUCGCACAGAAGCAGAGCAUCUUCAGCGUCAGGCCAAUCAAAACCGAAGAACACCGUCAGUAUAUCUGACACACUUUCCUACUUUCACCUCCAAGGAGGACUGCAGAAUCAUCACAGACACAGCAUCCAAGCUCGAGCGCUGUGGCUUCUACUGGGGUCCUCUGGGAGUGGAGGACGCUCACCGCAUGCUUCGGGACGCCCCGCUAGGCAGCUUCCUCAUCCGUGACAGCCGUCAGAAAGACGUUUUCUUCACACUGUCCUACCACGCCAAGAACGGGCCGGUCAGUGUGCGCAUUGACUACAAGAGACAGAAGUUCUCACUAGCGGGCAACGAGCGCUCUUUCCCGACACUUUUUGCCCUCUUGGAGCAUUACAUCAAUUCUCCUAAGAAGAGCCUGAGCGUCCCUUACAGGAAAUGGGAGCCAACGCUGCAGGAGCUGUGCAGGAAGCGCAUCUUGGAGGCGUGUGGAGGGGCAAGCCGGGUUUCAGAGCUGCCACUCACACAUGUUGCUCAAGACUUUCUAUUGGAAUUCCCUUACAAACUGUGACCAGCUUGCCAUUUAAAAUCUUGACAGUAUUAUUCGUAAUUUCAAGAAGGCCGCUUUUACCAAGUAACAGCAAACUGGAGGGGUUGGUAAAGCCUGUCUGCGACAGGUUGAAAACUGAGACUGCGUUGAUAUGGUUACAGAUAA